GUUGUUAUUAAGGUAACAGGGUGUAAUUUUCCUGCAUUGAAGAUGCUUUCAACACUGAUCAGUCAGCUGGCGGGCUGAGCAGACGAUCGAUACCGCCGCUUACCUAGACCGGAGUCUGCAACAAUAGGAAAAAAUUGAUCAAAUGUCUUAACAUUUGUAUACCGAAGUGAAGUAGAGGAUUCUGACCUCCUCUCCCAGAAUGAGUGACCCGGGGGGAUCGGGACUCGAUGAGAGCGUUGAAACCGAUGUUUUGGAUUACGAUGUGAUUUUACGGUGUCAUAUUUGCCAUCAAUAUUUCCGAAAGCCACGGAUUCUGCCGUGCGGUCACACGUUCUGCGAGGAGUGUCUGAUCCAGCUGAGAGAUAAAACUGCUCGGGAAUGGCGAAUGAAGUUCCCCUUGAACAACAAGCGAGGAGAUGGGGGUACUCUUCACUGUCAAAUUCCCGGGUGUCAGUACUCAAUGAAGCUGAUGAAUCUUACACGAUGGGCGCCGAGAAACAAAGUGGCAUCCGAGAUAUUAAAGAUGCUGAGGAGAAACAGUUUUCUGAAAAUGAGUCCUACUCCACGGACAUCUGAAGAAUCAUUGGAAACGUGCAAUUGCCAUCCACAAAAAUAUGGCAAGACAACAAACAACCUCUCCAUCACGACAACAAAAGUGACAGCUGGGCAAAUUGUUAGUAAGGUGGAGUAUAAAAAUCAUUACAAUAACAAAUUUGCGAUUGCCAUGCAGUUGCGACAUAAUGGUAUUAAUGGUGCCGCUCCAACAGGAUACUGUGAUAAUGUAGAUGGAAGGUCCUUCACCUCUAACGUUAUUUUUGAGGCCAUAAUUCAGAAUGGAUUCGGGGUAGCAAAAAUGAUGUACGUUCCACCAAAGGUUGUCCAGAGUUGGAGGUCCUUUGUGGUUGUGUUUGGUCUCCAAGCUAUCGGUGAAUGUCUUUCGUUUCAGUAAGCACUUUUCCGAUUGUUGGAACAUUUCAAUAAGAGGGGAGAAGACUGCAUGAAGUAUAAGUAUUGAGGAUUUAUUUUCAUUCAACACUUUCGAUACUGUGUCCAUUGCCUGUAGCAAUAACAGUAUAUAUUUCGCCUUGUAAUGAAAAUAACAAAGACAACGUCUAUGAGCUGUGAUAAACAUCGUUGUUUAGCUUAGUGUCUCUAAGAUACAACCAUGCCCUGUUUGUUUUUGUUUUGUUUCAUGUCAAAUUUUAUUGCUGCGUAUAUUUACAUUUAUCCAAUAAACUGGUGUGAAGGUAAA